CUUAAGGGGUGUAGUUAAAACUAAGCUUGUCCUGUGAUCUCCCUGCCUUUUGCUUUUUAGUCUUCCCAUUUCAGUUGCCCUAUUUCCUUCACUUCAAAACCCUGAAUUUUCCGUCCGUUGGUAAAACCCUCAUCAGCCGCCAUGGCCAUGGUAUGUCGCCUGAGAGUGGCUGUUGCUCCUCUUGCGCGACUCCGCUUAGGUCAGAUCAAACGCCGUUUCUAUGGAUCGGCGGCUCAGCUCCAGUACGAUUACGAUGACGAUUAUGAUUACAACGAGAGCCCCUCGGAGAUGGAGGACUCCCUGGGAUCGGUGUCGGGUAGGGGCGUUCAGUGGGUUGUAAUGGGCGAUCCAUCGACGAAUAGGCAAAUGUACGCGGAGAAGUUAUCACAACUCCUCAAAGUACCUCAUAUUUCCAUGGGAACCCUCGUUCGUCAAGAGCUCCACCCUCGCUCUUCUCUUUAUAAACAGAUUGCUGAUGCUGUGAAUCAGGGCAAGCUUGUGCCAGAGGAAGUGAUUUUUGGUCUGCUAUCAAAGAGGUUGGAAGAAGGUUUCUACAAGGGUGAAACUGGGUUCAUUUUGGAUGGAAUUCCUCGAACAAGAAUGCAAGCUGAGAUUCUUGACGAAGUUGCGGAUAUAGAUUUGGUCUUAAAUUUCAAAUGCACAGAAGAUUGUCUGCAAAAGAAGCAUGGUGAUGUUGGACAUGAAGCAUGUGCUUCUUCUUACCAAGAUAUUCUCAGUGUCAAUGGGCGCAAUUCAAUGAAGAAGCCAUUGGAUUUGGAAGAAUACUACAAGAAACAAAAGAAGCUUUUAAACUUCAAUGUAGCUGGUGCACCUGGAGAAACAUGGCAAGGACUUUUGGCUGCUUUACAUCUUCAACAUAUGAAUGCUCUCACCUCUUCUUCACACAAGUUGAGUCUAUAAUUAAUUAAUUAAUUCUUGCAGUUUGUUUGUUUGGUUUUUUAACCACAUUUUACUUAUCACCGGCAAAAAAACAAUAUAGAGAUACAUUACGAGUGUAAUAUAAUAUAGUUUGGUGUUGGCUUAUAUAUACCCAGAGUUCCAUUUUUCAAGAGAAUAAUUUUGUUUUAUCCGUUAUAGAGUUUAUGUAUUGUGUAAUGUAGUUUCAGACAUGACACUGUGAAGCAUUGGCUUUAUCAAUUUUGUCACAUAAUCAAUCAAGUUUGCAUUAUUUAUUUAUUUACGUUUUGAUGUCAAAUGUGUCAUCUGUUUUUGUAACCUUUCCUUUGAGUGAGAGAGACUCGGUAGAUGGCAUUUAUCAUGCUUAAUCUGGUCAAAUUAGGUAGAUGUAUCUUGGAUCUAUUCUAGAGACAUCUUCAAUCAAUUUAAUUUUGGUUUGGCCACCGGUUGUCUCUUAUAUGAUGUCACGAAAUUUUGGGGCUUGACUUGGUACUUCCAC